AUUUCAACGUUUCAACCCCAUCCUCUUCAGUACUGCCAUUUCAUCGGAUUAAAAUCUCCAAAAUCCUUCAAAUCUUCAAUUUUUUUCCGCCAUGGCUACGCAGAAAGAUGAAACGAAGGGCGUAGAGUCACCGGAGACGCCUCUGAGGAAGUUAAUUCUGAGGUACAAUUCGCCUCUGGUUCAGGUUAUACUGAUCGGUCUGGUCUGUUUCUGCUGUCCCGGGAUGUUCAAUGCCCUAACCGGAAUGGGCGGCGGCGGCCAGGUGGAUCCGACGGCCGCAAACAACGCCAACACCGCCCUAUACACCACUUUCUCCGUCUUCGGAGUGUUAGGCGGCGGAAUUUACAACAUCUUAGGGCCACACCUCACACUGUUCGCAGGGUGUUCGACGUAUGUCCUCUACGCCGGCUCGUUCCUCUACUACAACCACUACAAGCACCAGGCCUUCGCCAUCGUCGCCGGCGCGUUUCUCGGCGUCGGAGCCGGACUUCUGUGGGCGGCGCAGGGAGCGAUCAUGACGUCAUACCCGCCGCAGGCCCGGAAAGGAACCUACAUCUCUCUGUUCUGGAGCAUUUUCAAUUUGGGCGGAGUGGUUGGGGGGCUUAUCCCCUUCAUAAUGAAUUAUCAUCGCACAGAUGCGGUUUCUGUGAACGAUGGAACUUACAUUGGAUUCAUGAUCUUCAUGUCCAUUGGCGUUGUUCUUUCCCUCACAAUUCUCCACCCUAGUCGCGUUGUUCGCGACGAUGGAUCGAAGUGUACUAACAUCAAAUACUCCAGCGUGAGAGUCGAAUCCAUUGAGAUUCUUAAGCUCUUCCUCAACUGGAAGAUGCUAUUGCUGAUUCCUGCUUCUUGGGGGAGCAAUUUUUUCUAUAGCUAUCAGUUUACCAAUGUGAAUGCUGCGUUGUUUAAUGUGAGAACCAGAGGGUUUAACAAUGUGUUCUACUGGGGGGCACAGAUGGUUGGGUCAGUGUUCAUUGGGUUCAUAAUGGAUUUCAGCUUCAAGAGUAGAAGGAUUAGGGGAUUGGUGGGGAUCACAGUUGUUGCCAUUCUUGGAACUGCAAUUUGGGCAGGAGGGCUUGCGAGUCAGGUUAAGUAUUCCCGCAAUGAUUUGCCUGCUAACAAGCUGGAUUUCAAGGAUGGGUCGGAUUUUGCAGGGAGAUUUGUGUUGUACUUCAGCUAUGGCUUACUUGAUGCCAUGUUCCAGAGUAUGGUGUACUGGGUCAUUGGAGCCUUAGCAGAUGAUUCUGAGAUCCUUAGCAGGUACAAUGGUUUCUACAAGGGAGUGCAGAGUGCAGGGGGAGCUGUUGCUUGGCAAAUUGAUGCCAGAAAAGUGCCUUUCCUCACACAGUUGAUUGUGAACUGGGGACUCACAACAAUAAGUUAUCCUCUAUUGGCUCUUCUGGUUUUAUUAGCUGUAAAAGAUGAUUACAAAAAGGUUGAGGAGGGAGGAGUGUCCAAGGAUGAUGGUUUUAUGUCGGCUUCGUCUAAUCCCGUCCCAUAGUGAUUUGUAAGUUAAUAGGAAGGUUGCACAUUUACGGUUUACAAUACUCCCAAAUUAAUUAUGACUGCGUUUCGGCCACGCAGCCGUAGCUUUCAAGUGAUAAAUACAAAGUUGUAUAUAUGCUUGUUGAAUAUCAUGUUGUUGAAGGUCAUGUUUGCUUGUGUGGAAUUUUGUUUGCUGUUAACUCAAUUGGUUUGUCUUUUUUGGUUCUGUUUCAUGUCCAUUGCUAUUUAUAACAUGUCACAAUCAAAUGUCUUUUCUUGAUUAGUACA